GUUGACUUAGAGCAUGAGAUCACGAAAUAAAGAGUGAGCGAGAGAGUAGAGCGCAAAAUUCGACCUGGAAGUACAUUAAACUCCCAAAAGGGAGGUUAUCACCAACACAGACUAAAAUCAGAACCAGAAUAAGAGCGAGAGUGAGAGACAGUGCCGGCUUAGUAGAAAGAGAAAGAGAAAGAACUUGAAAUAUCAUCGACCGAAUGAAUGGGAGGGCGAGUAAGGAUAAUAAUAAUAAAGAUAAGGAGCAAGGAGAAAAAGAGAGUUGCUUGUAGUUCAGUGUGUGAAUGUGAGGAGAGAAUAGAGUUCUACUCAGAGUUUUCUCUCGCCCCUCACAGUGAUUGAUCCUCGUAAACAGGUGCAGUACGAUUGGACGCUGAAUAAAUAGUUGGCGCAAGUUGGCGUUGUUUAGUGCUCGCUGUUGGUUGUUAGUUGUUGGUGCUCGCUCUCACUCUCGAGCUCCUAUAUGUACGUAAAUCUCUUGUGGCAUUAAUGCAUCUAGAAGAGAAAUAUAAUUUUCAACAAUGUGUCGGUAAUAGUGGAAAUAAUUGUCAACUACAGUAGACUGACUGCUAUGCAAGUUGUAAGGUAGUGAGGUAGUCAGUGGAUCCAGUGAUCGAAUUUAUUUUAUCUUUUACAACAGCAGUUUACCGUGAUUGAUACUCAACAGCCCACAGUACAUAGUUAUCACAAUUAUAAUCAUAUUGUGUAAAUUGAUAACACCAACCGUAAAAGCAAUAUAAAGUAAUUCGCCGGACGGCAUGAAUGUUUACAACGCGUCGUCAGCGGCCACCACCGUCAUCACGUCGUCGCCAGCCACGGCAGUCGGAGCAGUCGAGGUUACCGAUGAUUGGGUUGAAUUUUGUGACAGACACGCCCGCGCAACGGCUUCAGAUUUUGCCAAGGCAUUUUGCACAUACGUCAACUUAAAUUUGCCAGAAAGCGCCCGGGCUACUCUCUCACAUCGUGAUUUUUUACGUAAAUUCAUCGAUAGCUUCUGCGAGCAUUUUGAGAACGAGUACCUCAGACGUACUCAGAAUGCAAGAUCUCCAUCAUUCCACGAUACACGACACGUGAUACCCAACUCCACUAGUCAAAAUAAUCGAGUACAACCAGUAAGAGCGUCAUCAAAUGAAGAGUUUAGUGAUUAUUCAGACCGCGAUGGCGAGGUCGUCUCACCGAAGCCUGUGCAUAAGCCCUUUUUUCGACGUCUCUCAUUCAAGGGAUUCAAAAAGGGUCGUGGAUUUUUCCACAAGCAACAGAGUGAUGAAGUUGAAUUGUCGCACAGCGAAAGCAGAAAAGACAAACACACUAAAUCCAAGCUGUCUAAAAUAGUAGUGGAGUGUCGUAAGGAGGGUGUUGUCAAUACUUUGAUCGGAGAAAAUUCCGAUGGGACGCAAAAAUGGGAAAAAUCACGGUUGGCGCUGAUCAAAGCCAUCGGUGGUUACAUGCUGGAAUUUUAUUCCCCGCCUAAAGCCGUGAAACCACGUGGAGGUGUGUUUUGUUCGGCGAUUACCGAAGCGCGUGAAACAACAGCUUUGGAGAUGCCGGAUCAUGAGAAUACAUUUGUACUAAAAACGCAGAACGCUGAAUUUGUGAUCGAAGCGCAUGAUUCCUCAGACAUGAGGUCGUGGUUGGCUACUAUUAAAUACUGUAUGCGUUCGGCAUUUUUAAACUCCGCGACAAAUGAUUCUGCAGGUGAUGGUUUGGGACAUGGCUCGGCCUCGGGACAAGACGGUGAUCGCGUGCGAGCUAAUUCCGCGAGUAAGAGCUCGCGGUCAGGAUUUGAUCAUGCAAAUGAUCUUGCUCAUCCACCAGAAUUACCUCCUAGACUUCGUACACGUAGUAAUAGUAAUCUUGAGCUUUGCUCUUCUCAACAAGAAAUCGAACAAAUGAGUGGUAAUGAAGGAGAACCAGACUUGGCUGUUAGUUUAAGAGAAUAUCCAUGGUUUCAUGGCACAUUACCGCGAUCAGAUGCAGCACAACUUGUCUUACAUAACGCAAUGAAUGGACAUGGUGUUUUUCUAGUGAGACAAAGUGAGACGAGAAAAGGAGAAUUUGUAUUAACAUUUAAUUUCCAAGGAAGAGCUAAGCAUUUAAGAAUGACGCUAAACGAUCAAGGUCACUGUCGUGUUCAACACCUGUGUUUUCCCGCAAUACUUGAUAUGCUGGAUCAUUUUCGGCAGAAUGCAAUACCCCUAGAGUCUGGUGGAACGGCAGAUGUGACGCUUACGGAAUUCGUAGUGGCGAGUCAUGCAUUACGCCCAGUAGUGCAUCCAACAGUUAACGCAAAUACACAGCAAAAUCAAGCUCAGGAGAGGAGACCUGCUACCGUACCGGAGUCAAGAGAAGUAAGAGUCAGCAGCGGAAGUCUCACACCUCUUGAGUGAGCGCGAGUGGCCGACUCCCACAGUCUCAAGUCUGAUCAACAGACAAUCCGGACUUGUGGUGGAUCAGUAAGAAUCAAAACAGACUCUGUGGAAUGGCUUGAGCAGCAACAGCAGCAGCAACAACAUAAUGUUAAUAAUAAUUUGGAUCAACAAGCAUCGACUUCAGCAUCAUCAAGCAAUAGAGCUGUGCAAAAUGCCUACAGUUUUCUCUGACGUUGGAUUCGCAGUACAUUACCCUCAGGAUAUCGUUUGGUCAGUCCGCCUGAAUAAAUAUUAUUACCCCCUAUAAAAAACUUUAAUCACAUUAUUUUUCGAGUCAUAGAUUAAAAAUCUUAAAACAAUUGAAUUUAUUCGGUCGAAUCUAAUUGUGAACUUUUUAAAUCUUUUUAGAUUAGGGUGAUUCUUAUUUCAAUGAUUUUUUGAAUUUUUAGUUUAAAAAUUAUUUCAAAAUCAGUUAAUAAAAACAUAUCUUAAGUUUUGAUAUGUUUCAAACUAUUUUUUUUGUGUCAAUAUAGAUAUUCAGCUAGUGUCACUAAAAAAAUUGAUAAAUUUAAAAAUUAAAAUUUUAAGCUCAAUGAAGUUUCACUGUAUACGAAGUUAGUCACAAUUAAUAGUUGAUUAUUAAAAUAAUUUUCCUGUAAGACUGCCGCUUCCUAAAUCGAAUGCAUGUCCGGUUUAGUAGAUUGCAUUCAAGUCUCAGCUCAAUAACAAAACUAUUGAAAACAUUAUCUUUAAAAUGAUAUUUUGAAAAGCCAAAAAAAAUAAAAAAAAUAAUGAUGUUACUCAACGAUGCUUGAAAUAACAGAAAUAUAUAUAUAUAUAUAUAUAUAUAUAUAUAUAUAUAUUCAUCAUUUAACGAGGUGACUAAAAGGGUUGGAGAUAAAAUCCAAAAUAAUAGUAUAAUGAGUCAUUAAAAUUGUACAUACUAUAUUUUUUUGUUUCGUUUUAAAAAAGAACUUUCGCGGCAGCUUUGAAUGUGAAAUAGAAUAUUUAUUGCCCGCUUCGAUUUUAAUUAAUUAUCUAUACAUUAUUCUGAUUAAGAAUACUGAUUGAAAAGAAUUGAGAAGCGGUUACUCCAUGCAAACUGUAUAAUUAUAUAUACAAACAAACAAAAGAAUUGAAAUUAUUGAAAAGAAUUCGAAUUUCAUCAUUUUUAAUUCUUUUCAAUCAAUAUUUUUAAACAGGGUACAUAACAUUAACAUUAACGACAUCGCUCCGAAUUAAGACUGCCUCUUGCUUAUUUAUCAAUUUAUAUUCACGUGUAUAGACCAUAUACAUUACAAUAUGUAAUAUAUAUUUACAAUAUGUUAUUGUUUUAUCUGUAUUAAUAAUAUUAUACCUUAAAUAUUUUUUAAUGUUUGAAUGUAAUUCAUUUGUUUUUUAAAAUCACUACAAAUAAUUGUAUUAUAAUCUAAAAGCCAUAAUUAUUAGUUCGUUAUUUGCCACGAAAGAAUAAACAUACUAAGAGACUAGUAAUGUCACAAUAACUUUUUGAAGGUGUUAAAGAACAAAUACUCUUAAUAGUUAAAACUGUUGAUGAAUUUUUUUUUUUUGUUGGUACAUAUAAGUCAUUUGUUAUAAUUU